AUGAGCUCGCACACAAAGACACUGCGCGAUUGCCUCGUUCGGCCCAAGCCCAAUAUUCCGUGCACGACUCUAACGAUGGGCAACACCAAGUCUGCAACUUGGCCCCACAUCAAGAGCCUCACCGUCAUUGACGACAGUGGACCCUUCGACCUAAUCGGCUGGAACGACAAAACCGUCCUGCCACUGGUCAAGUGCACCAAACAGGCCAUGGGCUUAUACGUUGGCGCGGCUGUGCAACACAUGUACACCAGCUCUGACAAUUCGACCGUGGCCACGCUCUUGACGGGCCCCAACCGGACCGUCAUUGACCACGUCAUUGAGCUGGGCAACUACCGGCGUGACGUUUUGGUUGUCGGUCUAUGCCGGACCAGCGUCAAAUGGCAAGGAAGCACGCUCAUCAAGGACCCCCUCAACGCCCCCAACGAGCAGAAGUGGCCCGUCCGACAGUUGGCGAACCUGUGCGCCAAGGCUGGAACGCGGUAUGGUUACAUCCAGACGGACCAGGAGCUGGUGGCUUGCUGCUUUGGCGCCACACCGCCUUCGAAAACGACCGAAGCGUGGUCUGACUGGACAGCCCGCGUUAUGCCGGUGCCCUGGAACACAGAGCUGGUUGAGCAGAGCGAGGUGAGCAACGGGGCACGCGCUGUGCUCGAGUCCUAUCUGACUUCGGAGCUGUCCCUGUGGUGGCUCUGUAUGUUGUCGCUGAGCGAUGGCCACCGCCAGCUUGUCAAGACCGACGAGAUUGUCCCCAUUGAUGCCUGGCAGCCUCUCGAGCUGGCCGAUGGGAGUGCAUGGGCUCAUCAACACCGGUAUUCGGCCUUUGUGAAGCCAGCGGCGGAUCCUACAACACAGGCCGCUGUAACUGGCGGUGGAAUUGCUGGUGGAGGAAGCAUGCCGACACCCUCUCUGGGCAACGUGAAUGUCGACUUUCGUAUGCAGACCGACUUUUGGUUUCAUUACAACAACGGAAACUGA